AGUGGGUUGGCCACCACGCGCGAAUUAAUUUAAUUCCCCUUCCUCUGCAUCCAUCCCCUCCCCGGCCGGUUUUAUUCUUCUCGCGGUUCGGUCGUUCAUCAUCGGUGUCGAAGAACGGAGACAGCCAUGGGAACUCAAGCUGAUGCUGCAGAUCAGAAGACGGUCGACCAUCAGUCCUCGAUCGAGAAGAAAUUAGCAAAGCAGAAGGAGAUCGACGACUGGCUUCCGAUUACGUCAUCGAGGAAUGCCAAAUGGUGGUACUCUGCCUUCCACAAUGUCACUGCCAUGGUCGGGGCCGGUGUGCUGAGCCUCCCAUACGCCAUGUCCGAGCUCGGAUGGGGUCCUGGUGUGGUCGUGCUAAUCCUCUCGUGGAUUAUAACCCUGUACACGCUGUGGCAAAUGGUGGAGAUGCAUGAGAUGGUCCCUGGCCGGAGGUUUGAUCGGUACCAUGAGCUUGGGCAAUAUGCGUUCGGGGAGAAGCUCGGGCUGUACAUCGUGGUCCCACAGCAGCUCGUGGUGGAGGUUGGUGUGGACAUUGUGUACAUGGUCACGGGCGGGAAGUCGCUCCAGAAGGUCCACAAUCUUGUAUGCCCGGAGCCUGGCAAGGAUAUCAAGCUCACCUACUUCAUCAUGAUCUUCGCCUCUGUCCACUUCGUCCUCUCCCACCUUCCCAACUUCAACUCGAUCUCAGGCAUCUCUCUUGCCGCUGCUGUUAUGUCUCUAAGUUAUUCGACAAUUGCUUGGACAGCUUCAGUACACAAGGGAGUCCAGCCCAAUGUGGAAUACGGGUACAAGGCCAAGAGCGCUGCUGGAACUGUGUUCAACUUCUUCAGUGCCCUUGGCGACGUGGCCUUUGCUUACGCGGGGCACAAUGUGGUCCUGGAGAUUCAAGCGACGAUCCCUUCCACUCCUGAGAAGCCAUCCAAGGGCCCAAUGUGGAGGGGAGUGAUCAUUGCAUACAUAGUUGUGGCAUUGUGCUACUUCCCUGUGGCCCUGAUCGGGUACUGGAUGUUCGGGAAUGAGGUCGAGGACAACAUCCUAAUCUCAUUGAAGAAGCCCACCUGGCUCAUCGUCACGGCAAAUAUGUUUGUUGUUGUCCAUGUUAUCGGAAGCUAUCAGAUUUAUGCAAUGCCAGUUUUUGACAUGAUGGAGACGGUAUUGGUGAAGAAACUGCACUUCAGGCCGAGUUUUCUUCUGCGUUUUAUCACACGGAAUGUGUAUGUUGCUUUUACAAUGUUUGUUGCAAUGACAUUCCCUUUCUUCGGCGGUCUACUUGGGUUCUUUGGAGGGUUUGCUUUUGCCCCGACUACAUACUUCCUUCCCUGCACAAUGUGGCUCGCAAUCUACAAGCCGAAGAGGUUCAGCUUAUCUUGGUGGGCCAAUUGGAUCUGCAUCAUAUUCGGCAUCCUCUUGAUGGUUCUGUCACCUAUUGGAGGAUUGAGGCAGAUCAUACUUCAGGCCAAGGACUAUAAAUUCUACUCUUAGAAGUUUGGUCGGAAAGUUAAGUCCAGCUCAAGCUUACAGGCAAAUAAUCAAUCAAUACAGAGGGAAAAGAAUUAGUCCAAGCAAGCCGUUAUUUAGAGAUUGUUCUGAUAUGCGACUGAAGGGAAACCAUCGAGCGGGAAUAUUCAAGAAAAAUCGGAAUGGCAUCUGCUGGCUUCUGUCAUUCCUAUCAAGCUUGUCAUUUCUGAUUCAGUUUCCUAUAUAUCUGUACAUGUUUUCGGUCAAUUUUUAAGUUUAUGUGUCUUCGCGUGUGAAUUGAACAGAGAAAACAUAUAUUGAAGUAACGAUAAUGAGACAUCGAAUUUAGGCUUGGCCCUCUUUUGUUA